AUGCGCUUCCGCUCUUUCCUUCUUUCCUUCUCCAUCCUGAUCAUCGCACUGGCUUCUCCAUCGCUGUUCGCUCGACUGGGUCAGAUCGUACGACACAUGUCUUCCUCUUCCACCUCGGCUUCGUCCUCAGGCACGGCCCAAACAACUCGGACGGGAAUCAAGAACCUUGUCGUCGUCGGCGCAAGUUAUGUCGGUAUGAUGGCCGCGAAGGAAUUGAUGACCAAGUUGGAUGGCGAGCAGCAGAAGAAGGAUAGCUAUAGGGUUGUUGUCGUUGAGAAGCAGUCGCAUUUCUCUCAUCUCUUCGCGUAAGUCGUGCGAACGCCCACUUCGGCCCCGAGAACGACUGGUGGGAUCUCCUCGGCUGGUGGAAUACCCUGUCCGCAUGCGAUUCAACUGACAUGCAUCCUUUUCGUUCAUUCUAGCUUCCCUCGCUUCGCCAUCGUCCCCUCGCACGAGCACAAAGCCUUCAUCCCCCUUAGCCUCCCCUCCCCCCACCUCCUCCUCCGAGCAAGCGUAUAUCGAGCAUCACCCCUCAUUCCUCUCUCCUCCUCGAUCGACCCGUCCAAUUCGAAGGGAACAAGGUUACAGAGUUACCGUUCGAGGCGCUGGUGUUGGCGAGUGGGACCAAGUUGACACCGCCUGGCACAAUGCCGAGUGAGGAGAAGCUGGAAGGGGUCAAGUACCUUCAGGGCGUGCAGGAGGAGCUGGAAAAGGCCCACGAUCUGGUCAUUCUCGGCGGAGGGGCUGUGGGAGUUCGUGAGUUGAUCUUUUCAAACCACAACGAUGGUCUGGAUCCCGAGAACGAUGUGGACCGAUGGUAUUUAUUUUGCUGACCUGCCCUCCCGGCCCCUUCCGUCCCACCUGCCCGGCGCACGUGACCUCCGCCUUUUUUUUCAACCGUCCGAAUCUCAAGAAAUGGCUACGGACCUCGCGAUCCUCUACCCCGAGAAAUCCAUCACCGUAGUCCAAUCCCGCACUCUGAUGCCGCGCUUCCAUCCCCAAUUACACGAGUUGGUGAUGAAGCGCUUUCAAGAGUUGGGGAUCAAGACCAUAUUGGGAUCGAGGGCGGUCAUUCCUGCUGAAGGGUUUAAUGUAGAGGGGAGAGAGGGGAAACAAGCUGUGAGAACGCAGAAUGGGGAUGAAGUGAAGGCGGAUUAUGUGGUGCGUUAUCCCGACAGGACGAUGGGCCCCACGGUGUAGUGCCUCCGCGCAGCCGAGCCUAAUCCUUCAUUUCCUUGUCCUCCCAGAUCGAAUCCACUGGCCAAACCCCCAACUCGGCUUAUCUCGCCUCCUUCGCCGCUUCGACUCUGACACCGGGCAAAUACGUCCGCGUUACUUCGGCUCUGCAAGUAGAUACUCAAGGAGUGGAGGAUGAAGAGGUCAAAAAGGUCGCAGGAAGGAUAUUCGCGGUGGGGGAUAUCGCGGAUUCGGGUGAGUUGAGGGGAGAGAUCGCAGGUGUGGAGCCGAUUUCCUGUGUGGGGGCGAAGAUUUAACUCAACCUAAAGUCUUAUCUGGGACUUUGUGACCCAGGUGCACCCAAGGCCGCCCGCCCGGGAAUGGCACAAGCGACGAUCGUCGCCAAUAAUAUUGCAAAAUUGCUCGCUGGGGAAGAGGCUUCGUCCUUCGAGGUACGUGUAUCGCUUUUGGAGAUAUUGAUUCAAGCUUAACUAAUAAUAUCUUGCCUAUGUUUCACUCACCCAUCAUACAGACCUACCACCCCAACCCGGCCGCAAUCCACCUCACCCUCGGUUUCGCCGAAUCCGUCAUAUUCCGCAAUCCACCUUCUACCAAUCCCGAAGACGUGUUGGGUUCUUUCGAAGGUGAUCCGGUGAUCAUGGUCAAGGAUGAUGGCAAGAAAGACAUGGGGAUCGAAGGCGUUUGGGAGAGGAGAGCCCCCGGUUUGGUAAAGAGUCAAGACGAUUAUUGGUUGUGA